AUGGCAGCGCUAUCCACCUCAUCCAAGUAUGUCUUUGAAACCUUGAAAUCCAAUCUGGUGGUCACAGGGCUGUGUGUGACCGCUAUUGUUGGCCUUGUCUGGACCGUCAACGACUUCCGCGAAUGGAAAGCAUUUGGAACGGGCGGGACUCCGCCGACCUGGGCAGGAUACAUGCGUAUGUCAAAACUCCGGGCUCGACGCGCCCUCACCAAGAACAACAACCUCCGCGACCCCGCCCCGCUCCAAAAGACGGGGCCCUCCUACCUGCCCACGGGCACGCUCCCGCUCCGCUCGGGCCCGCGACCACGCAUGAUGCCGCGGACCCUCCCGCAGCGCCAGUACCCGGAGCCCAUCGACCCGUCCGUGCAGGCGCGGCUGCGCGCCCUCGUCCGCGACCUGGCCACCGCCCACCCGGAGCUCUUCGACCUGAUGCCCUCGCACACCGAGGGCCGCACCACCGACGGCCUGUACGCGCGCCGCAACCUGCCCACCUUGAACCCGCUGGCGGGCGACCGCAUCCUCAGCUACGAGAUCGCGCACAUGCACCCGGCCGAGAACAGUCUGCAUGUCUGGCUGAGUGACGUCGAUGCCCGCGAGGUCAUCGAGAAGGGCUGGGGCCAGCGGUUCCCCCUGCCGGCCGUGCCGCAGGGUUGGGUGAUGGUGUAUGCGCCCCGGGAUGAAGGGGAGAUGGAUAUCGUGGAGGGGGUGGUGAGGGCCGCGGCGCGGUGGGUUACCGGUGUUAUGGUCUAAGAUAACAGCCCCUGGUUUGGGCCUUGUGGUUUUGAUGAUGGUGAUGAACAUGAUGGUUAUGAUUAUGAUGACUUGGUAGCGAGGUUGGGUUUCUUUUAGCGAGCGGCUGGGAUGAUGUG